AUGGAGGCUGAGUUCUACUCAUAUUUUGGAGCUGGAACCGCUCUAAUUGUCCAAUUCAGCAGGCCUCAAGGCCGUAAACCUCGAGAGGUUGAAAAUCAGUUGAACAAAAGAAUUAAGGUUCUUCGUAUUAAUCGAGGGCGAAAAUACUUAUCUGAUCAAUUUAAGAAGCUUUGUGAGAAUAAGGGAAUCCGAAGACAAGAGACGAUGUCCUACACUCCGAAACAAAAUGAUGUUGCAGAAACAAAGAAUCGUACUCUGUUGGACAUGAUGAGAUAUUCUGAGCACUCGAAAGGAUAUGUAUUCUAUCAUGAUGGUGGUGGGAUCAAAGUAAUAGAAUAUCAUGACAUAGAUUUUAUAGAGACAAAAUUCCUUAACAGGAAGCGAUCUCAUAUGUCUGAAGAGCCUGAAUCUCAUACAGAUGUUGAGAUAGUUCCUUCACUUGAGGGUAAUAGUGGGAGUCUUCUCAUGAUUGUCAAAGAUAGUGGGAGAGAGCCACUGAUGUCUGCUAUGAAAGAUGAGCUUAGUUCUAUAGAGCAAAAUCAACUCUGGGAACUUGUGGAUCUACCGCCUACGGGAAUAUCAAUUGGAAACAAGUGGGUCUUGAAAAUCAAGAGGAAAACAGAAGCUGAGAGGAGCAAAAUGUCACGUGUUCCAUAUGCAAGUACAGUUGGUAGUUUGAUAUACGCGAUGCUUGGCACGUGUCCAGAUAUUGCCUAUGCAAUGGGUAUUGUUAGCCAAAACUAG